UGGUAAAAAAUCUUUGAAAUAUUGCGAUGAAGAUUUUAUAGUUAAAGUAAUUGAAUGAUACAGAUUUACUGUAAACACGUGCAAGAAAAUCGAAAUGGGUAAAGAAAAGAAAGAGAAAAGAAAGUCUGAAGGUGGCGAUGAAGUGGAAGAGAAGGACGGGAAAGAGGCCUGGACAGAAAAAAUCAAGUACCUGAGUCCGAUAUCUAAACCACUUGCUCACCGAAAACUUACCAAAAGACUGUAUAAAGUAAUCAGAAAAGCACAGUCGAAGAAAAACAUUGUGUCUGGAAUAAAGUUCGUACAGAAGAGCAUCCGGAAAGGGGAACAUAAUGGAAUUAUGAUUCUAGCUGGUGACGUAUCUCCAAUAGAUGUCAUCUCUCACAUUCCUAUUCUCUGUGAAGAAAACCAAAUCCCAUACUGCUAUGUUCCAUCCAAAACAGAUCUGGGUGCUGCCUGUGGAAACAGACGAUCCAUGAGCCUGUUGAUUGUGAAGCCAAAUGAAGAUUAUGAGGAACUGUUUGAUGAGUGCAAGAGUGAAGUGCAAAAUCUCCCAAUGCCCAUCUGAGGAAAUUGAUACGUCUUGAAAAGGUGUGCGAAAAAAAGUAGUUCUAGUGAUGACGGUGCGUACGUGACAGGGAAGGUGUGAGGAAUAUCGUAUACCUGUAUUACAAUGUACUGCUUCAUUCAAAUGUAUUGUUGAAAUGGAACAUAAGUUGAUUUUGUGGCAUGGGGUUGAGUUUCUUUCUCACAGGGGGUAAACAUGUAGAUGUUCCAGUAUAAUGUUGAAAUAUACACACAUUACAUGUAUUUGUUUGUAUGAAAUAUUCAUAGAAAGAUUUUUUUUCUAAAACAUUUUAUUCAUCAUGCUAUAGUGUUCAUUUGAAUUGCUUGGAACAGUUUAUUGUUUGUGAUUGUAAUAAAUAUGUGUUGGUAUAUCAUGAUAUGCUUACAAAAGUGAAUGUUAUAACUGAAAAUGUAAAAUGAACAUUACAUACAUGUUUACUAUA